GGACGUACGCUCCAGCAUCUUGGUAUCACGUAGUAAACUUGCCACCAGGUCAGACCAUCCGUGAGAGUCACCGUUACGUAUAUUCGUGUUUCUUGUUAAGCUUAUUUCGCGACGGAAUAGAUACGAUACUACCCACUUAUACUCAUCGCUCAAGUCGUAAGUCACCGAUUCGUCAGCAGAUAUUCCAGUAAUAUGGAGUCAAAAUUGUUCGUUAGACGAGUAACGCCAUUCCUGGAAGCUUCUCAGCAGGAUACGUCGCAAAAGAAAUCGGUGACAGAAAAAACCAUGACGCAAAAAUUGUUAACUCAAGAGGCACAAAACUUGCAGCCUAAGUACGAGCGGAAAAUCGUCUGGAGAAACGUGAUACUUCUUACCUACCUUCAUAUUGGAGCAAUUUAUGGAUUGUAUUUUUUAAUAACAGCUGCCAAAUUUUACACGACUCUUUGGGUUAUACUAAUCAUGUAUCUCGCGGGACUAGGUGUUACAGCAGGUGCCCACAGAUUGUGGUGUCAUCGAUCUUAUAAAGCGAAAUGGCCGAUGAGAGUUAUUCUUAUGGUUUUACAGACCGCAGCUUUCCAAAAUCCCAUGUACGAAUGGGUGAGAGAUCACCGAGUGCACCAUAGAUAUACGGAUACGGAUGCGGAUCCGCAUAAUUCGAAGAGAGGCUUCUUCUUCUCGCACAUGGGCUGGCUGAUGGUCCGCAAGCAUCCGGACGUUAUUAGUAAAGGACCCACGAUCGAUAUGAGUGAUGUCGAGGUGGAUCCCAUCGUCAGGUGGCAACGCAAGUUGUACAUCGUCCUGAUGCCUCUUUUAUGCUUUGUGAUUCCCACGUGGGUACCGAUUUACUUUUGGAACGAGAGACCCAUGUACGCAUGGUACGCCGCCAUUUUUAAAUACGUAUUGAGUCUGCACGGAACUUGGCUGGUAAAUUCCGCGGCCCACAUUUGGGGCAUGAAACCGUACGACGUCACCAUUAGUGCCACUAACAGCUAUGGUGUCAGUUACCUAGCUUUCGGCGAGGGCUGGCACAAUUACCAUCACGUGUUCCCAUGGGAUUACAAGACCAGCGAAUUAAACAACUAUGGCUCAAACAUCACCUGUGCUUUCAUCGACUUUUUCGCCUGGCUCGGCUGGGCGUACGAUCUGAAGACCGCGAAACACGACAUAAUAAUGAAACGUGCAACCCGAACAGGCGACGGUUCGACAUAUGAGCAAACGGGUGAUAAUGACGAACAUUAUCAUACGCAAGGGGAGAAUAUAUGGGGAUGGGACGACGUCAAUAUGUCACUCGAGGAUAAGCAGGCAGCUAAUAUCCUCAAUAAAAUCGAUUAGACCCCGAGAUUCAGUUCCCCAAAAUAUUUUACGUGUCAAGUCGGUGUUACAUAAAAUGCAUCAUCCAACAGACGUUGGGUAUAGGAUUAUGCCGUUAUACAUUACGUGAAGAUUGUGAGAUAUCGUAAUCACAUUUUACGAAUGUUUAAUACUUACGGGAUUGUGCCAGUUGCGUACGUUUCUCACAAGUGACAUUCAGCCAUCACAUUUGCCGCUUGCAUUGCACACGGCCA